AUGUCCUUUACAACCCUCACGGAUAUCUGCUGCGACGCAGACCCCGACCCCUGCAGAGGCUGCCACAGAAUCGUCCACACGCACGCGAACCCCUCCACGUUCCUCUGCGCCCGGCACGACUACAGGCUCCGCAGCAAGACCGCGUGGGCCGUGUCCUUCGGCGCCUCCACCAGCGCGUCCCUGAUCGACUCCGUCCGAGCCGGGUGCGACGCCGACGAGGCCGAGCUCGCCAGCGCGACGCGCGCGCUGGGGGCCGCCAGGGCGCGGAAAGCCCGCGCCGAGGACGCCGUCGCGCAUUCCGCGAACGUGCUGGUCGAGGCCAGGGCGCAGUGUGCGCAGGUGAAGCACGGGGUGGAGGCGGAGUACCGGAGGCUGUACGCGGCCGGCGCGGAGUAUCUCGGGAAGUGGUUGCUGGAGAGGGGGGAGAUCCCGAGAGAGAAGGCGGUCGAGGUGGAGGAUAGGAUCGGUCCUAUGGUGGAGCUUUUGGAGAGACUGGAUGAGGUUACGGGGGAGGUGAGGCGGACGGGUCUCAUGAAGGGUUAUCCCGACUUGGAGCAGAGCUACUCCUGUCGAAUCAAGGACGAACACCCGCCACAGGAGACCGCGGCCGCUUCUGAGCCGCCGGCUGAGAGGAAGAGGAAGAGGACGAAGCGGACUAGCGACUCACGAGCACACCCAUACCCUCCUCCGGAACAGAGACGCCGGACGACUGGAGAAAUGGCCGUGAGGAGCGAGUCCGUGAAGAGCGAACCCAUGGAUGAGACCCUGGCUGCGAUCGCACCUGCGCCUCAACAUCCCACAAACACGCAACAACACAUCAGCAACAGGACCGAGAGCUCGAACGCCCGUCCUCUGAGCCCCCUCUCCGCCGCGAUGCUGGGAACGACGCCGCAGGAAAGGGCAUGGAAGGCGCGGAUACUGGCGGAGCGGAAAGCAACCCCGCUCACCGGACGAACCGUGCAGGAGAUCGACAAGGCCUUGGACGAUUGGAAGAAGAGGUGUGCGGGAAGAGUCUCGUUCUUGACGACCAAGACGUGGCACGAUCUGCGCAAUGAGCGGGCCAUAUUAUUGGGCCAGCUUUGA